CGGCUCCCCAAACUGAAUGAGCGAGCGUUGCGCGGGACGCUCGGCGGCGGCAUGGAGCGCAGAGGCUGGGCCGCUCGGACUUUGCUCCUGGCGCUGGUGCUGGGAGCGACGCUGAGCGCGCGCGCGGCGGUGGGCUAUUACCCCCGCUUCUCGCCCUUCUUUUUCCUGUGCACCCACCAUGGGGAGCUGGAAGGGGAUGGGGAGCAGGGCGAAGUGCUCAUUUCCUUGCACAUUGCGGGCAGCCCCACCUACUACGUGCCGGGACAAGAAUACCAUGUGACAAUUUCAACAAGUACCUUCUUUGAUGGCUUGCUGGUGACAGGACUAUAUACAUCAACAAGUGUCCAGGCUUCACAGAGCAUUGGAGGCUCCAAUGCUUUUGGAUUUGGGAUCAUGUCUGACCACCAGUUUGGGAACCAGUUUAUGUGCAGUGUGGUGGCCUCUCAUGUGAGUCACCUGCCCACAACCAACCUCAGCUUUGUCUGGAUUGCCCCACCUGCAGGAACAGGCUGUGUGAAUUUCAUGGCAACAGCAACACACAGAGGUCAGAUCAUCUUCAAAGAUGCUUUAGCUCAGCAGUUGUGUGAGCAAGGAGCUCCAACAGAGGCCCCAUCACGCCCACAUCUAGCUGAAAUACACAGUGACAGUAUUAUCCUGCGAGAUGAUUUUGACUCCUACCACGAACAGGAAUUGAACCCAAAUAUAUGGGUUGAAUGUAACAACUGUGAGACUGGAGAACAGUGUGGUGCAAUUAUGCAUGGCAAUGCUGUUACCUUCUGUGAGCCAUAUGGUCCAAGAGAAUUGAUUACCACAAGCCUUAAUACAACCACGGCUUCUGUCCUCCAGUUUUCCAUUGGUUCAGGCUCAUGUCGCUUUAGUUACUCAGAUCCCAACAUCAUUGUGUCAUAUGCCAAGAAUAAUACAGCAGACUGGAUUCAACUUGAGAAUAUCAGAGCACCUUCCAAUGUCAGCACAAUUAUCCAUAUCCUCUACCUCCCUGAAGAUGCCAAAGGAGAGAAUGUUCAGUUUCAAUGGAAGCAGGAAAAUCUCCACGUAGGUGAAGUGUAUGAAGCCUGCUGGGCCUUGGAUAAUAUCCUGGUCAUCAAUUCAGCUCACAGACAAGUCAUUUUAGAAGAUAGUCUUGAUCCAGUAGACACAGGAAACUGGCUUUUCUUCCCAGGAGCUACAAUUAAGCAUAGUUGUCAAUCAGAUGGGAACUCUAUUUAUUUCCAUGGAAAUGAAGGCAGCGAGUUCAAUUUUGCCACCACCCGGGAUGUAGAUCUAUCUACAGAGGAUAUUCAAGAGCAAUGGUCAGAAGAAUUUGAGAGCCAACCUACUGGGUGGGACAUCAUAGGAGCUGUCAUUGGUACAGAAUGUGGAACAAUAGAAUCUGGCUUAUCACUGGUCUUCCUUAAAGAUGGAGAGAGGAAACUGUGCACACCAUAUAUGGACACAACCAGUUAUGGGAACCUGAGAUUUUACUUUGUUAUGGGAGGUAUUUGUGACCCUGGAGAGUCCCAUGAAAAUGAUAUCAUCGUGUAUGCAAAGGUUGAAGGAAGAAAAGAGCACUUUACACUGGAUACUCUUUCCUAUUCCUCUUACAAGGUUUCAUCUUUGGUUUCUGUGGUCAUCAAUCCUGAACUUCAGACUCCUGCUACCAAAUUUUGUCUAAGGCAAAAAAACCAUCAAGGACAAAAUAGGAAUGUUUGGGCUGUAGACUUCUUCCAUGUCUUACCUGUUCUUCCUUCUACAAUGUCUCACAUGAUUCAGUUUUCCAUUAAUCUAGGAUGUGGAACACACCAACCUGGUAACAGUGUCAGCUUAGAGUUUUCAACGAACCAUGGACGUUCUUGGUCCCUUCUCCACACCGAAUGUUUGCCUGAGAUCUGUGCUGGAUCACACCUCCCCCAUAGUACCAUCUACUCCUCUGAAAACUACAGUGGGUGGAGCCGAAUAACUAUUCCCCUUCCCAAUGCUGCGCUAACCAGAGACACUAGAAUCCGCUGGAGACAAACAGGACCAAUUCUUGGAAACAUGUGGGCAAUUGAUAAUGUUUAUAUUGGUCCAUCCUGUCUCAAAUUCUGUUCUGGCAGAGGACAGUGCACUCGGCAUGGUUGCAAAUGUGACCCUGGAUUUUCUGGUCCAGCUUGUGAAAUGGCAUCUCAAACAUUUCCAAUGUUUAUUUCUGAAAGCUUUGGUAAUUCCAGACUCUCCUCUUACCAUAACUUUUACUCUAUCCGUGGUGCUGAAGUAAGCUUUGGCUGUGGUGUCUUAGCCAGUGGCAAAGCCCUGGUUUUCAACAAAGAUGGGAGGCGCCAGCUAAUUACAUCUUUCCUUGACAGCUCUCAGUCCAGGUUUCUCCAGUUCACACUGAGAAUAGGAAGCAAGUCCGUUCUGAGCACAUGCCGAGCCCCCAACCAGCCUGGUGAAGGAGUUUUAUUGCAUUACUCUUACGAUAAUGGGAUAACUUGGAAACUAUUGGAACAUUAUUCAUAUCUCAACUAUCAUGAACCCAGAAUAAUUUCUGUAGAAUUACCAGAUGAUGCAAGACAAUUUGGAAUCCAGUUCAGAUGGUGGCAGCCAUAUCACUCUUCCCAGGGAGAAGAUGUCUGGGCUGUUGAUGAAAUUAUUAUGACAUCUAUACUUUUCAAUAGCAUUAGUCUUGACUUUGCCAAUCUUGUGGAGGUCACUCAGUCUCUGGGAUUCUACCUUGGAAAUGUUCAGCCAUACUGUGGCCAUGACUGGACCCUCUGUUUUACAGGUGAUUCUAAAUUGACCUCAAGUAUGCGUUAUGUAGAAACACAAUCAAUGCAGAUAGGAGCAGCCUAUAUGAUUCAGUUUAGUUUGGUAAUGGGUUGUGGCCAGAAAUAUACUCCACACAUGGACAACCAGGUAAAACUCGAAUACUCAACUAACCACGGUCUUACCUGGCACCUUGUUCAAGAGGAAUGCCUUCCAAGUAUGCCAAGUUGUCAGGAGUUUACAUCAGCAAGUAUUUACCAUGCCAGUGAAUUCACACAGUGGAGAAGAGUCAUAGUCCUCCUUCCCCAGAAAACCUGGUCCAGUGCCACCCGCUUCCGCUGGAGUCAGAGCUAUUACACAGCUCAGGAUGAGUGGGCUUUGGACAACAUUUACAUAGGGCAGCAGUGCCCCAGCAUGUGCUCUGGCCACGGUUCCUGUGACCACGGCGUGUGCAGGUGUGACCAGGGAUACCAGGGUACUGAAUGCCAUCCAGAUGCUGCUCUUCCGUCCACCAUCAUGUCAGAUUUUGAGAACCAGAAUGGCUGGGAGUCUGACUGGCAAGAAGUGAUUGGUGGAGAAAUUGUCAAGCCAGAAGAAGGGUGUGGAGUCAUCUCUUCUGGAUCAUCUCUGUAUUUCAGCAAGGCUGGAAAAAGACAGUUGGUGAGCUGGGAUCUCGAUACUUCUUGGGUGGACUUUGUUCAGUUCUACAUCCAGAUAGGUGGAGAGACUACUGCAUGCAACAAGCCCGACAGCAGAGAGGAGGGCAUCCUCCUUCAGUACAGCAACAAUGGUGGCAUCCAGUGGCACCUUUUGGCAGAGAUGUACUUCUCAGACUUCAGUAAGCCCAGAUUUGUCUAUCUGGAGCUUCCAGCUGCUGCCAAGACCCCUUGCACCCAGUUCCGUUGGUGGCAGCCUGUAUUCUCAGGGGAGGAUUAUGAUCAAUGGGCAGUUGAUGAUAUCAUCAUUCUGUCGGAGAAACAAAAGCAGAUCAUCCCUGUGGUCAACCCAACUUUACCCCAGAACUUUUAUGAAAAACCAGCUUUUGAUUACCCAAUAAAUCAAAUGAGCGUGUGGUUGAUCUUGGCUAAUGAAGGAAUGGUUAAAAACGAAACAUUCUGCUCUGUCACACCAUCAGCCAUGGUAUUUGGAAAAUCAGAUGGGGAUCGAUUUGCGGUAACCAGAGAUUUGAUUCUGAAACCUGGCUAUGUACUUCAGUUCAAGCUGAACAUAGGGUGUGCCAGUCAGUUUAGCAGUGCUGCUCCAGUUCUUCUUCAGUAUUCUCAUGAUGCUGGUAUGACCUGGUUUCUGGUGAAAGAAGGAUGUUACCCAGCUUCUGCAGGCAAAGGAUGUGAAGGAAAUGCCAGAGAACUAAGUGACCCUACCAUAUACCACACUGGGGACUUUGAGGAAUGGACAAGAAUCACCAUUGUUAUUCCAAGAUCUCUUGCAUCCAGCAAGACCAGAUUCCGAUGGAUCCAGGAGAGCAGCUCACAAAAGAAUGUGCCUCCCUUUGGUUUGGAUGGAGUGUACAUAUCAGAGCCUUGUCCCAGUUACUGUGGUGGUCAUGGGGACUGUGUAUCUGGAGUGUGUUUCUGUGACUUGGGAUAUACAGCUGCACAAGGAACCUGUGUGUCUAAUGUCCCAAAUCAUAAUGAGAUGUUUGAUAGGUUUGAAGGGAAACUCAGCCCAUUAUGGUACAAGAUAACUGGAGGCCAGGUUGGAACUGGCUGUGGGACACUUAAUGAUGGCAAAUCUCUCUACUUCAGUGGCCCUGGGAAAAGGGAAGCAAGAACUGUCCCCCUGGACACCAGAAAUAUCAGAUUAGUUCAGUUUUAUGUACAAAUUGGAAGCAAGACUUCAGGAAUUACCUGCAUCAAACCUCGAGCUAGAAAUGAAGGGCUGGUUGUUCAGUAUUCAAAUGACAAUGGGAUAGUCUGGCAUUUGCUCAGAGAGUUGGAUUUUAUGUCAUUUCUGGAACCACAAAUUAUAUCCAUUGACUUACCACGAGAGGCAAAGACACCCGCUACAGCUUUUCGGUGGUGGCAACCCCAACAUGGAAAGCAUUCAGCCCAAUGGGCCUUGGAUGAUGUCCUUAUAGGGAUGAAUGACAGCUCACAAACUGGGUUUCAAGACAAAUUUGAUGGCUCUAUAGAUUUGCAAACUAACUGGUAUCGAAUCCAAGGUGGUCAAGUUGACAUAGAUUGUCUGUCCAUGGAUACUGCUCUGAUAUUCACUGAAAACAUAGGAAAACCUCGUUAUGCCGAGACCUGGGACUUCCAUGUGUCAGCAUCGACCUUCUUGCAGUUUGAAAUAAGCAUGGGGUGUAGCAAACCCUUUAGCAACACCCACAGUGUACAGCUCCAGUAUUCUCUGAACAAUGGCAGGGACUGGCAUCUUGUCACCGAAGAGUGUGUUCCUCCAACUAUUGGCUGUCUGCACUACACAGAAAGUUCAAUUUACACCUCUGAGAGAUUCCAGAGUUGGAAGCGCAUCACUGUCUACCUCCCACUCUCUACUAUAUCUCCCAGGACGCGGUUCAGAUGGAUUCAAACCAACUACACCACAGGAGCUGACUCCUGGGCAAUUGAUAAUGUUGUGCUGGCCUCAGAAUGCCCAUGGAUGUGCUCAGGACGAGGGAUUUGUGAUGCUGGACACUGUGUGUGUGACCGGGGCUUCGGGGGUGCAUCCUGUGUUCCUGUUGUUUCUCUGCCAUCAAUCCUGAAAGAUGAUUUUAAUGGAAACUUACAUCCUGACCUCUGGCCUGAAAUGUAUGGUGCAGAGAGAGGGAAUCUGAAUGGAGAAACCAUCAAGUCUGGAACAUCUCUCAUUUUCAAAGGGGAAGGACUGAGGAUGCUUAUUUCAAGAGAUCUAGACUGUACCAAUACUAUAUAUGUCCAGUUUUCCCUUAGAUUUAUAGCAAAAGGUACUCCAGACAGGUCUCACUCUAUUCUAUUACAAUUCUCCAUCAACGGGGGAAUCACUUGGCACCUAAUGGAUGAAUUUUACUUCCCUCAAACAACCAGCAUACUUUUCAUUAAUGUUCCCUUGUCCUACACUGCCCAAACCAACGCUACAAGAUUCAGACUCUGGCAGCCAUAUAAUAAUGGUAAGAAAGAAGAAAUCUGGAUUAUUGAUGACUUUAUCAUUGAUGGAAAUAAUCUAAACAACCCUGUAAUGCUUCUGGAUACUUUUGACUUUGGACCCAGAGAAGACAAUUGGUUUUUCUAUCCUGGUGGUAACAUUGGACUCUAUUGCCCAUAUUCUUCAAAGGGAGCACCUGAGGAAGAUUCCGCUAUGGUGUUUGUUUCCAAUGAAGUUGGAGAGCAUUCUAUUAUCACUCGUGACCUGAAUGUGAAUGAAAACACCAUCAUACAAUUUGAGAUCAAUGUUGGAUGCUCAACUGAUAGUUCAUCUGCUGAUCCAGUGAGACUGGAAUUUUCCAGGGACUUUGGAGCCACCUGGCACCUGCUUCUGCCCCUCUGCUACCACAGCACCAGUCAUGUCAGCUCCUUGUGCUCCACUGAGCACCAUCCGAGUAGCACCUACUAUGCAGGGACCACACAGGGCUGGCGGAGGGAAGUCGUGCACUUCGGGAAACUACACCUUUGUGGAUCUGUGCGUUUCAGAUGGUACCAAGGGUUUUACCCUGUUGGUUCUCAACCAGUAACAUGGGCUAUUGAUAAUGUCUAUAUUGGUCCCCAAUGUGAAGAAAUGUGUAAUGGACAUGGAAGCUGUAUCAAUGGAACCAGGUGUAUAUGUGAUCCAGGAUAUUCAGGUCCAACCUGUAAGAUAAGCACCAAAAAUCCUGAUUUUCUCAAGGAUGAUUUCGAAGGUCAGCUAGAAUCUGAUAGAUUUUUAUUAAUGAGUGGUGGGAAGCCCUCUAGGAAAUGUGGAAUCCUUUCCAGUGGAAACAACCUCUUUUUCAAUGAAGAUGGCUUGCGCAUGUUGAUGACACGAGAUCUCGAUUUAUCACAUGCUAGAUUUGUGCAGUUUUUCAUGAGACUGGGAUGUGGGAAAGGUGUUCCAGACCCCAGGAGCCAGCCUGUGCUUCUCCAGUAUUCCCUCAAUGGAGGCCUCUCAUGGAGUCUUGUUCAAGAGUUCCUUUUCAGCAACUCCAGCAAUGUGGGCAGGUAUAUUGCUCUGGAAAUACCCUUGAAAGCUCGCUCUCCUUCUACUCGCCUCCGCUGGUGGCAGCCAUCUGAAAAUGGACACUUCUAUAGUCCGUGGGUUAUCGAUCAGAUUCUUAUUGGAGGGAAUAUUUCUGGCAAUACAGUCUUGGAGGAUGAUUUCACAACUCUGGAUAGUAGAAAGUGGCUGCUUCAUCCUGGAGGCACUAAAAUGCCUGUGUGUGGUUCUACUGGUGAUGCCUUAGUCUUCAUUGAAAAGGCCAGUACCCGUUACGUAGUCACCACAGACAUUGCUGUGAACGAGGAUUCCUUUCUACAGAUAGAUUUUGCUGCCUCCUGUUCAGUCACAGACUCUUGUUAUGCUAUUGAAUUGGAGUACUCGGUGGAUCUUGGAUUAUCAUGGCACCCUUUGGUGCGGGACUGUCUGCCUACCAACGUAGAAUGCAGUCGCUAUCACCUGCAGCGAAUCCUGGUAUCAGACACUUUCAACAAAUGGACCAGAAUCACUCUCCCUCUCCCUCCUUACACCAGGUCCCAAGCCACUCGUUUCCGUUGGCAUCAACCAGCUCCUUUUGACAAACAGCAGACAUGGGCAAUAGAUAAUGUCUAUAUUGGGGAUGGCUGUGUAGACAUGUGCAGUGGCCACGGAAGGUGUAUCCAAGGAAACUGCAUCUGUGAUGAACUGUGGGGUGGCCUGUACUGUGAUGAGCCUGAGACCUCCCUUCCAACCCAACUCAAAGACAACUUCAAUCGUGCUCCAUCAAACCAGAACUGGCUAGCUGUGAAUGGAGGGAAAUUAAGUACAGUGUGUGGCGCAGUGGCAUCAGGGAUGGCUCUGCAUUUCAGUGGGGGUUGCAGUCGACUAUUAGUCACUGUGGAUCUAAACCUCACAAAUGCUGAAUUUAUCCAAUUUUACUUCAUGUAUGGAUGUCUGAUUACACCAAACAACCGUAACCAAGGUGUUCUUUUGGAAUAUUCUGUCAAUGGAGGCAUUACCUGGAAUCUGCUUAUGGAAAUCUUCUAUGACCAAUAUAGUAAACCUGGAUUCGUGAAUAUCCUGCUCCCACCUGAUGCCAAAGAGAUAGCUACUCGCUUCCGCUGGUGGCAGCCCAGACAUGAUGGCUUGGAUCAGAAUGACUGGGCCAUCGACAAUGUCCUCAUUUCGGGUUCUGCGGACCAGAGAACUGUCAUGUUGGACACCUUCAGCAGCGCCCCUAUGCCCCAGCAUGAGCGCUCCCCUGCCGAUGCAGGUCCUGUGGGCAGAAUAGCCUUUGACAUGUUUAUGGAGGAUAAAACUGCAGUGAAUGAGCAUUGGCUGUUUCAUGAUGAUUGCACAGUAGAAAGAUUCUGUGAAUCCCCUGAUGGGGUCAUGCUCUGUGGCAGCCAUGAUGGAAGAGAAGUAUAUGCAGUGACCCAUGACCUGACUCCCACAGACGGCUGGAUCAUGCAGUUCAAGAUCUCUGUUGGAUGUAAAGUAUCUGAAAAAGUUGCCCAGAAUCAAAUUCAUGUGCAGUAUUCUACAGACUUUGGUGUAAGCUGGAAUUAUCUAGUCCCUCAGUGCUUACCUGCAGAUCCAAAAUGCUCUGGAAGUGUUUCCCAGCCAUCUGUAUUCUUUCCUACUAAAGGAUGGAAACGAAUCACCUACCCUCUUCCUGAAAUCUUAGUGGGAAAUCCAGUAAGGUUUAGGUUCUAUCAGAAGUACUCGGAUAUGCAGUGGGCGAUCGAUAAUUUCUACCUAGGCCCUGGAUGCUUGCACAACUGCAGAGGCCAUGGAGACUGCCUAAAGGAACAGUGCAUAUGUGAUCCAGGAUACUCUGGGCCUAACUGCUAUCUUACUCACACUCUGAAGACUUUCCUGAAGGAACGCUUUGAUAGUGAAGAAAUCAAGCCUGAUUUAUGGAUGUCCUUGGAAGGUGGAAGCACGUGUACUGAGUGUGGUAUUCUUGCUGAGGAUACUGCACUCUAUUUUGGGGGUUCCACAGUGAGACAAGCUAUUACUCAGGAUUUGGAUCUUCGAGGGGCAAAGUUCCUGCAAUACUGGGGGCGAAUCGGCAGUGAGAACAACAUGACCUCUUGCCAUCGGCCCAUCUGCCGAAAGGAAGGCGUACUGCUCGACUACUCUACUGAUGGAGGGAUUACCUGGACUCUACUUCAUGAGAUGGAUUACCAGAAAUACAUUUCUGUAAGACAUGACUAUAUACUUCUUCCUGAGGAUGCUCUCACCAAUACAACUCGACUCCGCUGGUGGCAGCCAUUCGUGAUCAGCAACGGACUUGUGACCUCAGGCGUGGAGCGUGCUCAGUGGGCACUAGACAAUAUUUUGAUUGGGGGAGCAGAAAUUAACCCUAGCCAACUUGUUGACACAUUUGAUGAUGAAGGAACUUCCCAUGAAGAAAACUGGAGUUUUUACCCUAAUGCAGUAAGGACAGCAGGAUUUUGUGGCAAUCCAUCGUUCCACCUCUACUGGCCAAAUAAAAAGAAAGACAAGACUCACAAUGCUCUCUCCUCCAGAGAACUCAUUAUACAGCCAGGAUAUAUGAUGCAGUUCAAAAUUGUGGUUGGAUGUGAAGCCACUUCUUGUGGGGAUCUUCACUCUGUAAUGUUGGAGUACACGAAGGAUGCAAGGUCCGAUUCCUGGCAGCUCGUUCAGACCCAGUGCCUGCCUUCCUCUUCUAAUAGCAUAGGCUGUUCGCCCUUUCAGUUUCACGAAGCCACCAUCUACAAUGCAGUCAACUACUCCAGCUGGAAGAGAAUCACCAUUCAACUGCCAGACCAUGUCUCCUCCAGUGCCACACAGUUCCGCUGGAUCCAGAAGGGGGAAGAGACUGAGAAGCAAAGCUGGGCAAUCGACCACGUGUACAUCGGAGAAUCUUGCCCCAAGCUCUGCAGUGGGCACGGGUAUUGCACCACCGGUGCUGUCUGCAUCUGUGAUGAAAGUUUCCAAGGUGAUGAUUGCUCUGUUUUCACUCAUGAUCUCCCAAGUUAUAUUAAAGAUAAUUUCGAGUCUGCACGAGUCACUGAAUCCAACUGGGAGACCAUUCAAGGUGGAGUGAUAGGAAGUGGCUGUGGGCAGCUCGCCCCCUAUGCCCAUGGCGACUCACUCUAUUUUAAUGGCUGUCAAAUAAGGCAAGCUGCGACCAAACCGCUGGAUCUCACACGAGCCAGCAAAAUCAUGUUUGUUUUGCAAAUUGGAAGCACAGCACAGACAGACAGCUGUAAUAGCGACCUGGGAGGCCCCCACGCUGUGGACAAGGCGGUGCUACUACAGUACAGCGUCAACAAUGGCAUUACGUGGCAUGUCAUCGCGCAGCAUCAGCCCAAGGACUUCUCACAGGCCCAGAGGGUGUCUUACAACGUCCCCCUGGAGGCACGGAUGAAAGGAGUUCUGCUGAGAUGGUGGCAGCCACGCCACAAUGGGACAGGUCAUGAUCAGUGGGCUUUGGACCACGUGGAGGUUGUCCUCACUCGCAAACAAAAUUACAUGAUGAAUUUUUCACGACAACAUGGGCUGAGGCACUUCUACAACAGAAGACGAAGGUCACUUAGGCGAUUCCCAUGAAGAAUCUAAAAGUUUAUUUUCCUUCCAACAUGUGAUGUGUUGCAUCCCAUUCAUUUCAAUCUCGCACUGCAUCUGAUAUCAGGAAAUGCCUCCGAAGGAAGUCGGUUAAUCACUGAAAGCCCUUCUCAAGACCAAGUGUAUGCCACUUUCCCACACUGUGAACGAAUGACAAGUGACUUACUUUCUCAUAAGCAAAUGUCUCCAUGUUGAUGUGUCUGUGAAGAUUGUGAUCUGUUGUAAUAUCAGUUACAGUGGCAGUCUUGAAAGUAAGAAAUAGUUUAACAGAAAAAAGUUUACACACAAAAGAUUAAGCUAUUUUAUGUUUAAAAUGGCAUUUAGGACAGUAUUUAACAUUCUUGGUCACAAAGCUAUUUAAGUGGACUGUAUUUCAGCUAUAUAUCAUGUUUUAUAUGAUUAAAUUAUCAUUGUUUGUCCUUUAUGUAUUAUCUUCUACAAUAUAACACACUGACACUGUAUUAACUUGUUAUGUUGCGAUAUUUUGCUGCUGAAUUUCAGGCUACUUAUAUUCUACAGAAAUUUCAUGGAAAUACCUACUCAAGAUGAUAGUUGUAAAGAUAUUGUAUCUCCUUUAAUAUACUCCUUAAAAAGUAUGUUGGUUUAGCCUUGUUUUGUGGGUAAGAAAAAAUGCUUGACCUUGAAAUAUUUUCUACUUAAAACUUGUGGAUGAAGGCCCUAUCUCCACAAAGGAGUUGUGUUCUGUGGCUGAUUUACUAACAGUAACUUCCAUUUUGUGUCUGUGGUAACAGAGUGAUUUGUAAAACAGUGGAUGUUUUCAUUGUGUUCUCUUUGUGGGUUGUUUUUCCAGUGGGUCAUAUUCAUACCUUCUGAUGAAGUUGUACCAACACCAGCAACAUUAGAAUGGCCCUGUAGCCCUGGGCUCUUAUUAACAUAACGAAGACUUUGCACUCUGGGGAAAGCCAAGCUAAAAGCCCGUGCUCCAAUAAAAGUUCUGUCCAAAAACCA